AUGAAUUCAUUCUUGUUUUACGAUCCUUUAUUCAUUCUUCCUUAACAGAUGUUGCUCUAACAAAUAGUCUAAUACAAUUCCAUGUUAGCCUUCAGGUAAAUACUUUAAUUAACUUUCAUUAGAAAUGCUUAUACUAUUUCUCAAUCAACAAGCCCUUAAAUUUAGCCUAAAUCUCCUCAAGAGUGCUCCACAAUAGAAUAAAACACUGUUAAAAAUGAUGAAACUAAUGAUGACUAAAGCUCUUUUGAACUAUCUAAAAGUAAUAAAAUAAAGAAAAAUAUCAAAAAAACUAAAGAAACAAAGCCUGAUAAGACAAAUCCUUUUGAAAAAAAACAUAAUAAAAAGAUAUUUCUUUCAAUGAAAGACAUUAAAGAUGUUUAAUAUAAAAAGUAAAAUAUGUCAUCUAUGAAGAUUUAAAUUUGUUCAGGAAGACUAAAUUCAAGAAGGCCCAACUAACCUAGAGGAGAAGAAAUGA